AUGAGACUCGGUAGAUCUUCUGAAGAUGUAGCUUAUGCCAAUUGGUUGAGUAGAAUGCCAAAAAAUGAGCGACUCAAAGAUCUCAAUGAUAUGUUACUUGAGAGAUUACCUGGAGAAUGCACAGUUUUUGAGUCAAUUAAUGAAGUGGAUGAUGGUUUAAAUGGUGCUACUGAUAACAGGAAUUUACCUCCAGAAUAUUUACAUGCAUUGAACAAUUCUUCUCUUCCCUUAGCAACUUUGAAAUUGAAGAAAAACGCCCCCAUUAUGUUGCUCAGAAACUUGGAUCCAGCUAAUGGAUUAUGUAACGGAACAAGGAUGAUCAUUACAGGUUUGUCCCGUCAUGUUUUAGAAGCUCAAAUUAUUUCGGGGCGUUUUCAAGGCGAGUAUAGAUUGAUUCCCAGAAUCAAAUUUAUAAAUGAAGAUUUUGGUUUUGUUCUUUGUUUGGGUUUACAAUUAACAAGUCCCAGGGGCAAUCUUUAA